AUGGACUGGCAAAUAAUAACGGCAUCAGCCUCUGCGCUAGCGCCACUAGACCCAGGAGUGCAACAGUCAUCUGUAGUGAACCUCUUCAAGCUGUCUAAGGAUCGUGCUAACGUCACAGAUACGGAAAUCAAAGGCACAACGGAACACGUAGGAGCACCUACAAAAGGAUUAGAUAACUUCUAUGGUGACCUCGAUGAUGUUGCCCUGGAUGGUGGCGAUACACCGUGGUGUGACAAAGAUCUACAACUGUGGGAACGUGAUAAAGCGGUAGUAGUAGAGAGUCUAAUGAACAGACUAAGAUCAACCGGAGAAAGUGCAAGGAUACGUGGAAAAACAGAAAGAGUCACGGAAACACCAACACAAAGCAAAGUAGAACCUAUACGAGAUAUACCAGAUAUUGUUAUGUCACACGAAAUAGAAAUGCUACUCAGCUGGCUAGACAGACAUGCACAUUAUACGGCGGGAGUAACCGAUGAAGCGAAAAGGAUAUUCGUAGACAACAUGCUACCACUACUCAGUGCCUGCAAUGCUAAUUCACACAACCUCGUAGCACUCAUGCUGGACCUGGCACUACUAGGAGACGGAAAACAACCCGCAAUCAUGCAAAAAUAUCUCAGAGUAUCACUCAAACAUCUACAAAAACAAGCUUGGGGAUGUUUGCAUUUGGCAUUACUCAACACUAAAGGAGUAUUUUUAGAUACACUAAUCGCACCGUCAAACAACACACCAGACAAAGUACUAGCAAAAUGUGUACAGUGCGCGGAACUCAUUUUCCCAGGACAAAGUGCAAAUAUAAGCCCGCAGGCGAAACCAAGGAAUAGCGAAUACUACUUCUUCAUCGCAUACCUACUAUUCCGUGCAGGAGCACAUGAGGAACUACGCAUAUUGAUAGGAAAUAACACAAGGUACGAACUACCACAAGGGAUUAAUGAUACAGAGUAUCCACCAAUGUUCAACGAACUCUGCCAAUUACUGAUAGAUGUUCUCCUGGGAAAGGAACAGAAUGGUAACAAACAGGUACUUCUUGGCAAAUUCUUGGCGGAAUACUUCCCAACGAAACAGACAAAGAGCCUUACAUUGCUUGGAAAAGGAAGUAAUUUCUAUGUACUACUACUACUAAGCGUAGUAUACCCUGACUAUUACGCGCCAUGUGAUGCGGAUGCACUAUACACAAAAGAAGAUUAUAUAUGGUACCAAAUACACAUCAUGCUAGCCGGGUCAACCACGUCACUCACCAUGGCAGCAGCGGGACUGUGUCAUACGUUAACCCAAGAAGUUGAAACUAUCAAGGCGGGGGAUGCAAAUGUCGUUGAACGAGUUCUUGCAUAUGCAUAUUUUGUAGCUCUCGCCGGAGGGAUCAUGGAAUCACUACGCUUACUCAUGUCGGCAAUACAAGCCUCAAGGGUGCAGGCUGUGGCGUUAAUAUUCCUAGUAUACUUUGAAAAUACCGGAAUGCUCGACGGAGAAGAUCUUGUAUAUAUCGCUAACUCGUUGUGGAAACUAGACGAUGCAACCAACAAGACAAACGAUAUACCAUAUUUAACACAACUGGCAUUCAGUAGGAAACGCAAUGUAUCACCAGAACUCAAAAUACUUCUGGCCACUAUACUACCUCAAAAAAAGGCCAACUCUUGUAUGAAAUAUGUCGUAGCGGAAAGCUUCAAUGACGCAGUUAACACGUGCUUCAUAGGAACCGCAACUACAAGAAACGGAAUGCUAGUGAUAGGACCACUAUUGCAGAAACUUAUCAAACUAGCGACGAGACGACCUGCAGCAAAACUCGCUAUUCUACUCAUGGCGCAGUACUCAGGACAUGUAGGACUAUGGGCAGCAGCAUUCAAAUGUUUCUACUGUAUACAAGAUAUAGACAACUGCAUAUCGGUACUGGAAGCAUGUUGUUGCUAUCUCUACGAUAAUGCGGAACAGAACAGCACAGGGGCAAUCACCGGUGAAGACCUAUGUGUAUACUUCUCGUUGGUAAAGAGCCUCGCACCAAGCAAUAAACGCCUCAUAGAACUCACUGGACUAUUCCACUGCAUAAAGACGUCAGUACUGGUCAAAAACGGAGACUAUGUAGAAGCUGUAGCACACACAAAACGUAACCGCAUAUUCGAAGGUGUCACGCAUGUACUGCGCAACGAAGCACAUCAAAUAUACUUCAACGCACUUGUCGAUUUCAUCAAGGCACUCAAACAUAUGGUAACAAAUGGUCACCAACCAGCCUCGCUGCUCACGCAACCAGAGGCACACAAUCUUGUCGACUUGCUGGAGGCAGCUUAUCAAAAUUGCAACUCAGACAAAAACAAAACAGUAGAGGCCAUACAUAUGCUUAUGACCUUUAUUACAAUCGUACCACCAAAACAGGGACAAGAUAAACUUUAA